UGUUUCUGCAACAAACAAAUCAGACACUCUCAAUUAAUUGCUCAGUGCGCGACGAACUAGGGUGGCUAAGGAAUAGAGCUGUACCUUACCCGUCAGGUGGCUGUCUAUCACGAACUGUCUCAACAUGGCAGACGCCUCAUGCUCUCAAAGUACGAAUGAUGAGAAAGACGGAGAUAGCUCGAAAGCAAGCUCGGCCAAAGCAAAGCUGAACCAAGCCGUCUUAGAACGCCUACAAGCCGCCAUCAAAGCUAAUCCGGAAGUCGAAUUAUUCACUAAUUUUCCAACAAUCUACAAGGGCGCAGUCUAUGAGCAGAAGCAUUCAGGCAGGACGCCGGCAUCAUUCAGGCGGGAUCGGAAUCCUCCGAAAGGCAGACCUGUAGGACCACAGAACUUCUGCGCUGACCUGGUUGCACGUGCCCGCAAUGCUGAGAUCGUGUACGCACUGUCUGAUGAAGCCAGAAAACUCCUUUCCAGCUAUAUAGAGCCACAAUUUGGAUCUGAGCUCGUUGGAUCUUCUCUUGUUUCCUCGUUAUCGCAGAUGAUUUUAAGCUGCGAGAGGUUAUGGGAGUUUCCCACAAGGGGUGUCGUACUCAAAUGCAAUGCAAACCUAAUCGCAAAGAUUAUUCGUGGCAAUGACGAUUAUACGGAGUACACGUCAAUCCAAUAUCUCGCAGAGUAUGCUCCCGAGAUACCCGCUCCGAGACCUCACGGCCUUGUUAAGUUUGAUAGUGUACGGAUUAUGUUUAUGACAUAUUUCCCGUCAAUGACGCUUGAGUCGGCAUGGCCAAAUCUUAUGCAUGAGGACAAGAUAUCGAUUCAAAAGCAACUGAACGAUAUUUUCAUCAAGCUUCGGUCUUUGACAGGCGAUGGUCAUUUUUUUGGAGGGGUGAACGGCGAAGGUGUCAAAGAUGACCAUCGCGAGACCCACAUGACCCGCGAGAUCAUCUCAACGGUAGCUCAAUUCGAAGACUUCCAGUUCUCGAUUCCUCCUCAUAAUAGCUCAUCCUGGGUCAAAUUUCUCCGCAGCUUACUUCCACCUGCUCCAUCAACUACUGUGUUCACUCAUGGAGACGUGCGGCCAGCAAAUAUCAUGGUGGAUAUCGAUCAGACCGGAAAAUACCUUGUGACGGGCAUCAUCGACUGGGAAACUAGUGGAUUUUAUCCGGACUAUUUUGAAUCGGAAAAGAUUUUAUACCUUUUUCACAUAUAUCAGGAGUCAGAUUGGUGGCAGUACUUGCCACCCUGCAUUGCGCCGGCGAGGAAUCCAGAGAGAUGGCUAGUUGGUCGGCUCUGGGAUAUAGCCGUUACGCAGUGA